AUGUUGCGACGAUCUGCACAGGCUCUUCGGCAACGCCGGGCACCAAUUUUAUAUGCAUCGGCAGCUGCAACGGCAGUGACGACAUACUAUAUUUUCACUGCACAGAUUGCCAAUGCCGAUGCCCCAGAGAAUGAGAUCGGGUUCCGCAAGCUACCCCAACGAUGGGACCCGCCGACCCGUGCUCAGAUGCUCAAGGCUCUCCAGACUGGUAAACGCCCCGAGAGUGGAAGCAUUACUCGUAUUCGCCCAGAGGACGACACCUCCGACGAGUUCGACUUACUUAUUGUUGGGGGUGGUGCUACUGGUGCUGGUGUAGCAGUUGAUGCUGCCACCCGUGGUCUCAAAGUAGCACUGAUUGAGCGAGACGAUUUUAGCUCAGGAACUUCGAGCAAAUCAACUAAGCUUGUGCACGGUGGAGUACGAUAUCUUCAAAAGGCCGUUUUUGAACUCGACUACGAGCAAUACAAACUUGUUCGCGAAGCUCUUCAUGAACGUCGGGUUUUCUUACACACUGCCCCAUAUCUCAGUCAUGCUCUCCCGAUCAUGCUGCCUCUUUACAAAUAUUGGCAGGUUCCUUAUUAUUACGCAGGCUGCAAGAUGUACGAUCUACUAGCCGGCUCGCAAAACAUGGAAACUUCCUACCUUAUGUCUCGCGGGAAGGCUCUUGAGGCAUUCCCUAUGCUCAAACGGGAAGGACUUGUUGGUGCUGUCGUCUAUUAUGAUGGCCAACACAACGACUCCCGUAUGAAUGUCGCUCUUAUUAUGACCGCAGUUCUUCAUGGUGCAGUCGCCACAAACCACGUAUCCCUGACAGCUCUUCGCAAGAAUGCUGCUGGAAAGAUAAUUGGGGGUCGAGUUAAAGAUGAACUCACUGGGAAAGAAUGGGAAGUCAAAGCCAAGGGCAUUAUCAAUGCGACCGGCCCAUUUACAGAUGCAAUUCUCCAAAUGGAUGCUGCCUCUGCGCCGGGUGCAUCGCCGCAAGCUGCAGCUGAGCUCAAGCCUAUUGUCUCCCCUUCAAGUGGGGUCCAUAUCACACUGCCAAACUAUUACAGCCCACGUAGUAUGGGCCUCCUCGAUCCCUCAACUAGUGACGGACGUGUACUGUUCUGCCUCCCCUGGCAAGGAAACACGAUCGCUGGUACGACUGACUCACCCUCUGAGGUAGAGCGAGAGCCGCGUCCCAAGGAAGAAGAUAUUCGCUGGAUUUUGGAAGAAGUCCGUCGGUACUUGUCUCCUGAUAUCAAAGUCCGCCGUGGUGACGUCUUGAGCGCCUGGUCUGGCCUACGCCCGCUCGUUCGCGACCCGGCUGCCAAAUCUACUGAAGGCCUUGUGAGGAAUCAUAUGAUUAACGUUGCUGACUCUGGUCUCAUUACGAUCGCGGGGGGCAAAUGGACGACUUAUCGUGCGAUGGCUGAGGAAACCGUUGAUCGUGCGGUGGAGACGUUUGGAUUGGGCGCCAAGGCUGGACCGUGCGUAACAGAGAAAGUACGACUCGUUGGAAGCGAUUCCUGGAGCAAGAACAUGUUCAUUGGAUUGGUUCAACGCUAUGGGCUUGAGACUGAGGUUGCCAAACAUCUUUCCGACAACUAUGGUGACCGUGCAUACGCUGUAUGCGAACUUGCCGAACCAACUGGACUAACAUGGCCAAUCUACGGUCGACGUCUUGCUCCUGCCUAUCCUUUCAUCGAGGCAGAAAUUCGCUACGCAGUGAGGAACGAGUACGCGCAAACUGCCACUGAUUUCCUCGCUCGUCGCUCCCGUCUGGCCUUCUUAAACGCUCAGGCAGCGCUUGAAGCCCUUCCUCGAGUCGUUUCUGUAAUGGGAGAUGAACUUGGCUGGGAUACUGCGCGCAGAAAGCGAGAAAUCGAGCAUACUGCCGAAUUCCUAGUUAGCAUGGGUCUCUUUAACGCACCCGAUCAAGUCAAGUCCCUUGGUAUCAGCAAACUAGUUGCCGGGAUCGGUGGAACAGGUGGAAUAACCCAGAGAAUCUGGAACGCCGUGACGGGUGCCAACUCUCGACGAACGUCUCAAACGUCUCAAGGCCAAGAUGGCCGUGCAUUGUUCUCUUCCGAAGAACUCGAGGCGCUUCGUCGUGGAUUCGAACAGCAUUCGACCCGAUCUCCUUCAGGGACAGCGUCUAUUUCGCUCCCAGCUCUCCACGAGGUUGUCCACUCGCUCCCCUCUUAUAGCGCCGUACGGGAUUCGGAUAUCACUCGCGCAUUAGAAGAGACCGCGUUCCAAAAUGGGUUCAGUCUCAAGGGUAUGAGCCCAGUCGGCGCAGGCCAGAGGGAAAACAAGGCCGAGACUCAUGCCGCCGGUCUGAGCUACGAAGACUUUUUGGAUGUAGUCGCCAGUGUCAAGGAAGUAUCUCUGACUCCCGAAUCAGCCUCGGCCAGCCACACUCAAAGGAGGAGGAUCCCGGUCGAGAGGAGCGGUGGAGGUGUAUAA